GCUGGUGCAGGCCAGGAUCAGCAGGCGGAGCCGUCCAGGUGUGGACGGCGGCGGAUCGGAUCAGGAGCUGGAGGCUGAGGAGGAGGAGCUUCCUCUGAAGUACGGGGCGAAGCACGUCAUCAUGCUCUUCAUUCCCGUCACCCUCUGCAUGGUGGUGGUGGUCGCCACCAUCAAGUCCGUCAGCUUCUACUCCGAAAAGACCAACCAGCAGCUGAUCUACACGCCGUUCACAGAGGACACCCCGAACGUCGCCCGCCGCCUCCUCAACUCCGUCCUCAACACCAUCAUCAUGAUCAGCGUCAUCGUGGUCAUGACCAUCCUGCUGGUGGUCCUCUACAAGUACCGCUGCUACAGGAUGAGGAGGCGGAGCAGAACGACAGGAGGGCGGAGCCUCAGGGUCAGCUGCAGAGCAGGAUUUCAGAAGAAGAGCUGGAGGAGGAGCGUGGGGUGAAGCUGGGGCUCGGGGAUUUCAUCUUCUACAGCGUUCUGGUGGGAAAAGCUGCGGCCACGGGCGGAGACUGGAACACCACCAUCGCCUGCUUUGUCGCCAUCCUCAUUGGCCUGUGCCUGACUCUGCUGCUGUUGGCCAUCUUUAAGAAGGCUCUACCAGCACUGCCCAUCUCCAUCACCUUCGGCCUCAUCUUCUACUUCUCCACUGACUUCCUGGUGCAGCCCUUCAUGGACAGCCUGGCCAAUCACCAGUUCUACAUCUGAGACGAGGCCCCGCCCACUUCACCUGACUCCUCGUUACYUUGAUGCUGAAAGUCUGCUGAUGCACCAAGACUAUUUCCUGUGCAGGCCUGGGCGCCACAGGAAGUGAUGUAACGGUUACAGGAAGUUAUCAGUUUGUCUUUGCUCAGGUGUUGGUUAGAGAAUAAGCUCCGCCUCUAAUCGUUUUGUCUUUAGGAUUCUCUCUGAGGAUUCAGAGCUUCAGUAACAUUUAUUCAUUGAGGGUGCUUGUUGUGAUUGGCUGAUGCUGCAGGUAAACACACCUCCUACAUUUGUAGACUCACCUGAGACCUGCCCUGCUGCUCAGCCUGUAAGGAGCUGAUGUAUGGGAGCCUGAAGAGGACAUUAUUAUUAAAAAUAAGAAUAUACGGAGCCCUGAAGUGGGCGGAGCUACUGGUUUCAGAUUAAAAUUAKUUUGUUUUAUUAAAAACAGAAAAACCUCAAAGAAAACAUUCAAAUAAAAGUCUGACAGUUCAUGAAGCUUAUAUUUUGAAAUAUUUGUAACAAACUGUGACUGUUGAUGAGCGGAGGGCUCAGCUGAACCGGCUCAGCUGUCUCAACCCACAGGAAACAGGAAUUAUUAUAAAAUACAAAAUCCUUCAAAAUAAAAGCCUGAGGCCAAAUUGACCUAAA